AUGAUCCGUGCUCUUUUUUUUACAGCACUUGUACAGCAUGAACAAAUCAAAGAUGAACUUGUAUCACAAGACGUUAUACCGUUGUUAAUUCGAUGUGCGACGGAAACAAAAUACGAUGUUAUUAAAGUUCAGCAGCGUGCAUUAGAAAUCUUAUGGGCUCUAACUUUCAACGAACAAGCUGCCACUAUAUUGAAAAAGGAUCAAAUUUUUAUGAAACACAUUAAAACACUUCAACUAUCCGAUGAAAAAGGCGUCCAAAAAGCAGCAGAAGGCAUUAUUUGGAAAUUGGAGAAAGAAGCUGAAUUUAUGAGUAAAAAUGAGCAUGAAAAAGACGUUACGACAGAAACAAAUACUGCUCCAGUACCAUCAAAAGACCUGAACACAUUAGAAGCACAACCAUUAGAUCGUCGACACAAAUAUGAUGUAAUGAUUAGUUAUUCACAUACUGAUAAGGAUUUGUGUUAUCGAAUUCAAGAACGGUUAGUUAAAGACAAAUUUCAUGUAUGGCUUGAUCGAGACAAUCUAUAUGGAUCGCAAAUGCAAGAAAUGGCCAACGCUAUUGAAAAUUCAGAAUUUGUAUUUAUCUGUAUGUCGGACAUGUACAAACAAAGUGCUUAUUGUCAAUCUGAAGCUCAUUAUGCAUAUGAAAGACAGUGUUGCUUAAUUCCAUUGAAAAUGAAAGAAAAAUAUCAUCCUGAUGGUUGGCUAGGUUUAAUUGUUAGUGGUAAAACAUACAUAAAUUUUUCUGCAAAAGAUUUUGAUGCUUCAUAUCAAAAAUUAAUGACCGAAAUCUCUCAUUAUCGUAACCGAAGAACUGUUUCAAAACAAGAUCAUAUAGCAGACCACACCGUUCUUCAGCAUAGUACUGAGAUAAUAAAAUACAACAUACCACCAGUGAACGUCACAACAAAUUCCAAUACGACAGAACGAUAUGAAAAGACGCUAAUAAACAACUUGUCUGAAAACCGGCCUGAAGAUGCCUCAAGAAAAUCUGAUUAUCUUAUUAAAACUUAUAUUGAAUUAUGGUCAAAAGAAGAUGUUCAGGGUUUUCUUCGUGAUAUGAAAUUAGAUAUAAUGAACCCUUUAUGUAAAGAUAUGGAUGGACCUAGACUGCAUAAAAUGUACAAAUAUUGUGAAUCGAAUAAUGAUUCAAUGUAUCAAGCACUGCGAGCAGAACUAUCUGAUUUGCAUAAGAAGACGUUACCAUUCAACGUUUAUCUUCGAUUCUUAGAUGAAGUUAAAAAAUACGUACCACUUUCAUCUUCCACAACAGCUUCAGCUAUUUGCAAUACGAUGUAA